UAUUGGUUCCAGAAGCUCCUUCCCCUUUCAUUUUCUUUUCUUCACUGAGGAUUUCACUUUCAUUUCCCCUCCAGUAACUCAGGAGGAGUGGUUUCAGGCUGACCCAGCGGCCUGUUUGGUGAGGAAAUGCUGACCACACCUGCCCUGGCUUUUCUUCACCACUUAAAUCAGGAGCCAAGACUUCUCUGUGGGGGCUUCAAGCAUUUCGGUUUUGGCCAAUCCUUAAUAUCUGCACAAUUAGAAUCCUUUUUAUUCCUGUCAUUCUUACACAUUCCCUUUCAAUCUGCCCAGCCAUCCAGGAACGUUUAGGCAAGAAGAGCUCCAGGACUAAUAACUGGAAGAAGCCAGGGGAAAUAUACUAUGGCUUCAAAAAUCCUGAACAUACAAGAUAAGGUGUCCUGUCCCAUCUUCCUGGAGCUUUUGACAGAGUCCCUGACUCUAGACUGUGGACACAGCUCCUGUCAAGCCUGCAUCACUGUGAAUACCACGGAGGCAGAGAUCAGCCCAGGAGAGGAAAGCAGCUGUCCUAUGUGUGGUGUCAGAUACUCACUUAGAAACUUAUGUCCGAAUCAGCCUCUGAUCAAGAUGAUGGAGAGAAUCAGAAAGUUCAAGUUGAACCCAGAGGAGAAGCUGAAGAGAGACCUCUGUGUGCGCCAUGAAGAGAAACUCCUGCUCUUCUGUAAGGAGGAUAGGAAGGUCAUUUGCUGGGUUUGUGAGCGGUCUCAGGAGCACCGUGGUCACCACACAUUCCUUGUGGAGGAAGUAGUCGAGGAAUGUCAGGAGAAGCUCCAGGCAUCUCUGGAGAGGCUGAGGAAAGAGCAGCAGAAAGCUGAGAAGUUGGAAGCUGACAUCAGAGAAGAGAGAAUUUCCUGGAAGUACCAGAUACAGACUGAGAGACAGAGGAUAUGGGCUGAAUUCAAUCAGCUUAGAAGCAUUCUGGACAGUGAAGAGCAGAGAGAACUGCAAAAAUUAGAAGAAGAGGAGAAGAGGAUAUUGGACAGCUUGGCUGAGGCUGAGGCUGAGCUGGCUCAGCAAAACCAGUUGGUGAAAGAUCUCAUCUCAGAUCUAGAGCAUCGCUGUAAAUGGUCACCAGUGGACCUGCUGGAGGACAUGAGUGGAAUCAUAAAAUGGAGUGAGAUCUGGACACUGAAGAAGCCAAAAACUGUUUCCAAAAGACUGACGAGUGUAUUCCAUGCUCCAGAUCUGAGCACAGUGCUGCGCAUGUGUAGAGAGCUAACACAUGUCCAGUGCUACUGGGUGGACAUCACACUGAAUCCAGUCAACUUAAAUUUAAACCUUGUCCUUUCAGAAGAUCAGAGACAAGUGAUGUCUGUGCCAAUUUGGCCUGUGGACUGUACUAAUUUUGGUAUCUUGGGAUCCCAAUAUUUCUCCUCAGGGAAACACUAUUGGGAAAUAGAUGUGUCCAAGAAGUGUGCCUGGAUUCUGGGGGUAUACUGUAGAACACGUUUCCAUAAUAAAAAGUCUGGUGUUAGACAAGGCACAAAUCAUCAAAGUGCUUACUCCAGAUACAGACCUCAAUGUGGCUACUGGGUUAUUGGGUUACAGAAUGAAUUUGGGUAUAAGGCCUUUGAGGAGUCUUCCACAUCUCAACCCAUGGUCUUGACUAUUUCCAUGGCUGUUCCUCCCCAUCGUAUUGGAGUUUUCCUAGACUAUGAUGCAGGCAUCGUCUCAUUUUUCAAUGUCACAAACCAUGGGUCACUCAUCUACAAAUUUUCUAAAUGUUGCUUCUCUCAGUCUGCUUAUCCAUACUUCAAUCCUUGGAACUGUCCAGGCCCCAUCAUCCUGUGCCCACCACAUUCCUGAACCUUUUUAGCACCUCACCCACUUCUGUGUAGAGCCUCUUUUCCUGGGGCUAACCUACACCUAGCUUACCUGCACCCUUCUGAACACCUCUUCCUUCCUUUCUCUUUUUUAUUACAGAAUGGCUUUGUGCAAUGCUUUUCUGCAUGUAUUGAAAUGAACAUGCAACUUUUCUCCAUCUAAUUCAACUACCUUUAUAGUUUUGUUAUCAUUGUAGUUUAGUAGUUAGUUUGUUGUUUAAGCCUAUUUUGUUAGUACCUUGAUUUUUUUUCCCCACAGAUGACUGAGGUUUUGUUCAUCAUUUUAAUAUAGGAUAAUUUCCCUUAAUCUAACCUUUAUGUUCACUUAGUCUUUCUUUUGUGAUCCUGAAUUUCUCUUAAGCCAGUCCUAGAUAGCUUUUAGUUUUAGCAUUUCAAUUAACAAAACUAUUUUUAUUUGUUUUUUGACAUUUCCUAUUUGCUUAUUAUUAUAAACAUAUUUUCUUUCAUAGUAUUUACCCUAGAUAUGAUAGCUGCUCUCAAGUCUUGUCUUCUUGUUGUUAAUCCUUAUCAUAAAUAUGACAUCUGCAUUAUUUUGGAGUUGAUCUCCAUUGAUUGAUUGCCUUUGUUCUUGAGUAUGGGCCACGUUAGUUUCUUUGUAUGUUAAACAAUUUUAACAUAUAUCUAAAAUUCCCCCAGGAGAAUUGUGAAUGAGAUGUAAAGACUUUGGAUUCUGUUUAUUUUUCUGAAGAAUAUUUUUUUUCAAGCCUUUGGUUGAAAUCAGAUUCAAAAUUCUCUCCUGCAUUUUGCAGAAGCUGAAAUCUCUGGUCAGUUCCUUUAGCUUAAUUUAGGCUGCUUGGUAUCUGUCUCAAACGUGUAGUUCAAAGAGUUGGUCAGUGUGUAUGUACAACUUGAGAUUUCCUCCUCUGAAUCUCUCUUUUACAGACAUUUUCCUACCAUUUUUCAGCUGUUGUGAUAGCCCCAAAUCAUUCUUCUUGCUCGUCAAGCUAAUAAGUCUGUAUGCUGCUGAGUUUUAACUGUCCCACUCAUUACCAAUUGAAUUUUGCUUUCAAAUAAAAAGCCAUAAAGCCAGAAAACUCGUCCAGUAGUAUUUCCUUCUUCCAAUUGUCUAUUACAUCCUAGAUUCUAAGUGUUUUGUCAGUCUCUUCAUGCCUUCAUGUUUUUGUUGUUUUGCUUCAUUUUUACAAUUAUUCAUGGUUAUUCAUAUUAUUCAAUUAUUAUUCAUAUUAUAUUAUUCAAUUAUUCAUAGUGUUGAUCUGUAGGUUAUGGGUGCUGUUUAGUUCAAAUAAAUACCUCCAUUUAUGGAAACAACCUCAGUUUUGCUUGCUUUGGAUAUUUUAAGCUGUAAGUUCAGUUGCUGAAUUCUAGUGUUUUUUUUUUUCCCUUUUUGUUACAGAAACUGACAGAUUUUAUUCAGUGAUUAUACCAUUUUGGAUUACCACAAAUUCAGGAAGGGAACAAUGAUGGUAUACAGUUGGGUGGUCAAUGCAGAGAUAUUAAGAAUAGAUGUAUUUUUCAGUAUAUUUGGCUGAAAUUGAAGGGGAUUGGAGAGCUCAGAGUCCAACUGAUGAGGACAGCAUAGUGGUAUUGAUUGUAGUGAUCAGAAGGAAAGCACUCCUUAGCCAAAGACCUCUUCUCUGUCUGAUACUUAACAACACAAAAAUAACAACACAAAACUCACUGAUAUAGAGAUCAGAUUGGUGGUUGCUAAAGGCCAGGGUUUGGGGGUUGGCAAAAUGGGUGAAGAGGAUCAAGAAGUAAAGGCUUCCAGUUAUAAAAUAAGUCAUGGGGAUAUAAUGUAUAGCAUGGUGACUGUAGCAGAUAGUAUUGUGUUGCAAAUUUUAAAGUUGCUACAAAAGUAAAUCUUGAAUGUUCUCAUCACAGGAAAAAAAUUUUUCUCAUGACCUACUAUGGUGAUAACUUGAUUUACUGUGGUGAACAUUUCACUAUGUAUACAAGUGUUGAAUCAGUAUGUUGUAUACCUAAACUAAUGUAUGUUAAUUAUACUUCAAUUAAAAAAGUAUCAAAGGGGAAUUAAUGUAU